GUCCCGGGAGGGCCGGGGACACAGCACCGGCAGCCCCACUGCAGGUGAAGCCCUGGGAGAAGUGCUGGAGCACCCCCUGCGGCGCCGCCCGGACUGGAAAAGAACAAGACGGAGAGCAGCAACAAGACUUGCUGGGACCUGUGCUGACGCUUGCCACACAAGAUGACAGCAAGGGACGGGCCCCAAGAUAGGUACAAGGCUGUCUGGCUGAUCUUCUUCAUCCUCGGCCUGGGAACACUGCUGCCAUGGAAUUUCUUUAUGACCGCCAGGGAGUACUUCAUCAGCCGCCUUAAGGACCAGGAGGAGAUGAGCCAUGUCAGGAACCAGACCUCCCAACCCUCCUACCUGGAGUCCAUGUUUGACAACUUCAUGACUCUCUGCGCCAUGGUGCCCCUCCUCAUCUUCACCUGCCUCAACUCCUUCAUCCACCAGCGGAUUCCCCAGCAGAUUCGCAUCUCAGGCAGCCUGGUGGCCAUUGGGCUGGUGUUUUUAGUCACAGCAAUCAUGGUGAAGGUCCCCAUGGACCCUCUUCCCUUCUUUGUCUUUACCAUGAUCAGCAUCGUCUUCAUCAACUCCUUUGGCGCUAUUCUCCAGGGCAGCCUCUUUGGACUGGCAGGGCUCCUGCCUGCCAGCUACACAGCCCCCAUCAUGAGUGGGCAGGGCUUGGCGGGCACCUUUGCUGCUUUGGCGAUGAUCUUCAGUAUUGCCAUUGGUGCCCAGCAACCCGAGAGCUUCAUCGGUUACUUCACCACGGCCUGUGUGGCGAUCGUGCUGGCAAUCUUCUCCUACAUCAUUCUGCCUCGCAUGGAUUUCUUCCGAUACUACUCCAUGAAGGACAAGACAGAGUACCGUGUGUACAAUGCGGAGCUGGAGACCAAGAGAGACCUGAUUAAGAAAGAUGAGAAUGGGAUGGAGCAGAAUAACUCAAAGGUCAUCCCUAUCCACAACCCUGAUGAGAAGCCCUCUGUCGUUGCUAUUUUUAAGAAGCUCUGGGUCAUGGCUCUGUCUGUCUGCUUCGUCUUCACUGUCACCAUCGGCGUCUUUCCUGCCAUCACAGCUAAGGUGUCCACUGUCCUCGGAAAGGGAAACACAUGGGGUCUCUACUUCAUUCCUGUCUCCUGCUUCCUUCUCUUUAAUGUCUUUGACUGGACGGGACGGAGUCUCACUGCCCUCUUCACAUGGCCCGGGAAGGACAGCUGCCUCCUGCCAGUGAUGGUGGUCCUCCGUGUCAUCUUUGUCCCUCUUUUCAUGCUGUGCAACGUGCAACCCCGUUACUACCUGCCUGUGGUGUUCUCUCAUGACGCCUGGUACAUCAUCUUCAUGAUCUUCUUCUCCAUCUCCAAUGGCUACCUGGCCAGCCUCUGCAUGUGCUUCGGGCCCAAGAAAGUGCUUGUGCAUGAAGCAGAGACAGCUGGAGCUGUCAUGGCCUUUUUCCUGUCGCUGGGCUUGGCCCUAGGAGCCGCAGUCUCCUUUCUGUUUCGAAUUCUCAUCUAGCAGAGGCACACAGAGGAUGCAGGGACACCAAGAGAUGGCUCCGCAUCCUCCUCCGAGGCCCUGGACACCUCAGCACUGUGGGAAAAUAACACCUCAUGCCUGUCCCUGCCAAAUCACACUGCCACAGCAGACGUUACACCAGGGAUGGUUCCACUCCUGCAGGGUUGGCCUGGCUCCUGCCACGCUCGGCUGUGUGACGCCUUCAGGCCUACGUGCCUUCUCCUUCCCCAUGCUGUGUGUGUCGUAAGACCCCCAGGAUCUCAGAGAGGUCCAGCUGCCUCCCACACUGCAUAACUUCCCCAGCUCAAGGCCAGAAGCCAUUUUCAGCCUCUUCCUCUCUGACAGAAUGGAAGGCUGGUAUCCAGUGUUAUUCCUUCUCUUGCCCCUGUCCCCAGUGCAGCUAGAGACUUGCUCUCCUCUCCUCUCUUCCAGGGGGCCUGCAAAUAUCCCACACCCCUUCUCCUGCUGGUAAGACUUGUGAAUAGGGAGGAGACCCCCAGCCAGCCUCACUAUCCCUGCUCUCUGCUAGACGCACAUCCCUCUGUGAAGUGGUAUCCCAGGGGCAUAGACAUCUGUGUCCUGCCCACAUAAAGACCCAAUACCGUGGCCAGGCUGAGGGAGGAGGAGGUCUCCACACCCCACCUUCUCCCACUGUCCUUGCCUCUAUUCCCUUUUGUGGUUUGGUUUUUUUUUUUUUUUUUGUGAUUCUGCCAUUGUUUUUCAGCCUCCUGGUUGUAUGACAGGAGGUCCCACUGUGGGCUGCAAGAAGAGGCAGCAAUUCCCUUCCCACCAAGGCUGCAGGGGGGGGGGGCUCACAUCUCCCUUGGCUUUCCUGUCCCUUGUCUGUGUAAAUGUGUCUGUACAGUUGCCGUUUUCUAUAAAAAGACCAAAACGUUC